AUGGCGCAGACUCGAAUUCUCAGUCUGCGAAUUGGGAUAUGGGCCUUGAUUGUGCUCGCCAUCGGCGUUUUGUACAACGCCUAUGUGCACAACAUCAUCUUUCUCACAAUCGGCGUCGGUCGAAAUAUCCAAUCAAUUGACGAAUUCCCAUGGACUUGCACUCGCCUGCAGCAUCCUCUCUUAGAAGGAUGCGAGGAUAUGUGGUUAUAUGAACAAGGACGAAAACUGUACGCAGCAUGCAGCUCUAUAGACACAAGAAAGGGAUGGAGUCCGGGUGGCAGCAAAUUCAACAUCUCCGCGAGAACUCGCACGGAUCAUAUUGCAGUGUUGAAUAUUGAUCACCCUGGCUCGGAUGGGCUGUAUGGCCUGCGAAAGCUCAAAGUUGGUGGUUACUCUGGCGAUCUGGAUCUGCAUGGCUUCGACGUGCGCAGUGUUGAAGGCAGACUUCGAUUCUGGCUGAUCAAUCAUAGACCCCCGAUCGAUCCUAUAACAGGGGAGUCCCUUGAUGCCCGGGCCUUUGGAGCGAACUCGACAAUUGAGAUAUUUGAUUUGGACGAUGCCUCGGAGAUACUUGAGCACGCCAAAACUAUAGCCAGCGAGGCGAUCAUCUCGCCUAACAACUUGGCCGUUGACAAGGACGGUCUGGUAUUCGUGGUCACCAAUGAUCGCAACGCAAAGGUUGACACUUUCCCGGAGUUGGGAAUGUUGAUUGGCGGAGGAAGUCUCGCCUAUUGUCGAACUGACACAGGAAAAUGUCAUGUCGCUGCCAACAAGGGCUUUUCCUUUGCCAACGGGAUCGUCCAAGAGAACGGGCUUUACUAUGUGUCUCAUUCAGUGACUGGACUCGUGACUGUCCACACAGUAGUUAGCGACCGGCUGAUUCAAGUUGACAAAAUCUCCACGGGAUACCCGAUCGAUAAUCUGUCUCUCGAUGCAGAUGGGAACCUCCUUGCUGCCGGAAUUCCGAACUCCAUUGCGUUUGUGAAGUCCAUGGAGGACCCGUAUAGAGUUGUUGCUCCUGCUACCGUUCUCGCGGUCAAUGGGAUAACCACUCAGUUGAGAACUCGGAGCGGGAAGGAUUGUGAGGUCUCGAAGCUCGUGGAGGACCGAGAUGCGAAAUGGCUUCCUACUUCGACUGUUGUGGUGCAAGAUGUGGAAUCCCACCGCUUGUUCCUUGGAGGAGUCCUGUCGCCAUUCAUCACCAUAUGUGAGAAGCGUAUUUAG